GUACAUCACAAGAGGAAAAAGCUUAAUAUCUACAGAAAGAUUUAUAAAUUUAGAAGAGAAAAGCAAUAAAGUUUAAGAAAAUAAGAGCAAAUAUCAGAAUAAUGACACCUCUUUGGGUUAUUUUUGCAUGCUUUUGCGUGUAUUCUGUAGAGAACGCCGCAGUUCCCACGAAAACAUGUACGGCCAUUCAGAAUUGUGAUGAUUGCAGUAACCCCGCUUUGACAUGUACAAGAUGUCCAGCAGGUUAUACAAUCAAGAGUGACGGACAAAAGUGUUUACCUUGUCCCGACAACUGUUUAUCAUGUAACAACACGGAAGCCGAAAAGACCGUUUGUUUGGAAUGUAAACCAAGUUAUUGGUUAAAAAGUUCUGACAAAGUCUGCGAAAAAUGUCCUAAUAACUGCGCAACAUGCAAAGAGAAGGGUACAUCAGGAACUGCAGAAUGUAUAACUUGUUUUUUUAGCCAUGGUUUAAAAAAUGACAAGACCGGCUGCGUCCCUUGUAGUGCAAUGACAGGCUGUACAGUCUGUAAAGAUUCAAAUGACGACAACGUUGCUGAUAUAUGCGAAGCUUGUAGCAGCAAUCAAGGUCUUAAGGGUGAUAAGAAAGGAUGCGUUGGUAAGAUUUUGUCGAUAUUCCUUAUGCAGUUUCAAAAAAUAUAUAUGCUUUUUAUUCCUUUUGUAGCCUGUCCUUCAAAUUGUCAAGUUUGUACUGACGCAGAUAAUGAUGGUAAAGCAGAAUGUUCAUCUUGCAGCAAUCUUUUCGGUCUAAAACCCGACAAGACAGGGUGCGCUAGUUGUUCAGCUUUAGGAUCUGAGUGUCUUACGUGUACUAUUGGAAAUGAUCAAACAACGCCAUCUAGUUGCGAUUCUUGUACUGGUGGUUAUGUCGUUCGGGGCAAUAAGCAAGGAUGUUCGAAGUGUCCUGAUGGUUGCAAAAUCGACAAAUGUUCGGAUUCACAAGGAACUGGUACUGCCAUUUGUGAAGAAUGUAAGGACACUUGGGGAGUUAAAAUAUCCAAAGCUGGAUGCGUCAGAUGUAACGCUAAUUGUAAUAAAUGUACUGUUGAGGCUGAUGAAACAACAACUAAGUGUACAGAAUGCGUUGCCAGAUACGAAAAGACCAACAUGAACACUUGCGAUUUUUGCCCUGAAAAUUGCUUGUCCUGCGAAAUCAGCAAUGGUAAGGUAGUUUGUAAGAGCAGUGGAUGCAAACAAAAAUAUGCUUGGAAGUCUGAUGAUGGAUCUUGCGUAAAAUGCCCCGUCAACUGCAAUGAGUGCUCCUAUUCUGGUGGUAUUUCAAAAUGUCGUUCCGGAAAGUGCAUAUCUGGUUAUACAGAUCGUGUUUCUGAUGGAAAAUGUUAUCAAUGUCCAGAUAGAUGUAGCAAAUGUAGUGAUGAUGGUACAAAAACAAAGUGCGGAUGGCAAUACUGUCAAAUCGGUUCAGCUUGGAAGGGAGACGAUGGAUCCUGUCCAGAGUGUCCAUCUGGCUGUAAAUACUGUUAUGCCGAUCGCGAAUAUCUCAUCAAAUGUUCCAUUUGUCAUGAAAAGAAAACUUUGACCAGUGACAGAGCAGGCUGCACAGAUUGUCCAAUUAAUUGCAAUGAAUGUGAGCUUGUUGAUAAUGUUGCCAAGUGUUUAGACCAACAGUGCUACGAUGGCUAUUAUAGAGAUGAUAAUGGACAAUGCAAAGCAUGUUCGACCGGUUGCAAAUCCUGCAUCAAGAGUGGCAGUACUACUGAGUGUUUAGUAUGUAAAGCUUAUUAUGUAAUGAACCCAACCACAAAAAAAUGCGUUUCAUGUCCUGGCGGGUGUGAAACUGGUAAAUGCCAAUUCUCAUCAACAAAAUCAGUAUGCUCAAAAUGUUUGAAAGGUUUUGUUCUAAGCGACGGCAGUUGCAGAGGAUGUCCGUCAAAUUGUGAUACAUGUAAAUAUGAGGGUGGUAAAACAAUCUGUACAACGUGCUCAGCCAAGCACUAUCACGUUCAAACACAAAUGUGCAUAGCUUGUCCACCUGGAUGUAAAUCUUGUACUGAAUCAGGAACCACAGUUAUUUGUAAUACUAAUCAAUGCUUAUCGGGAUAUGAAUACUAUAAUAACAAAUGCUAUAAAUGUCCUUCUAAGUGUACAUCCUGCACUGGAAUAUGGAGUGCAUCAGUUUUCAAGACUGUUUGUGACACUAAUAAGUGCUCAGGUGCUUUUGCAACUGACAGUAACGGUUUGUGUCAACCGUGUAGUGAAAACUGUGAAUCAUGUACAUCACCGGGAAAAUGCUCCAAAUGUAAUACUGGGUACAUUCUUGCUGGUUCUGCAUGUGAAGCUUGUGCAACAAACUGCGCAGAUUGUAGCCAGCCUGGAAAGUGCUCAACCUGCCUCCCUGGAUAUAAAUUGGACAGUGAUGAAUGCAAAGAAUGUGCUGCGAAAGAUCAGUGUGAAACCUGUAAUGAUCAAGGAGCUGGCCGUUGUGAUUAUUGCAAACUGGGAUAUGUAGUUAAAGACAACUCUCAAGCUUGUCUACAAUGUCCAGCUGGUUGUAAUUACUGUGAGCAAAAGAGUCCAACAUCUGACGACCCUUGGUGUAAACCUGGAGGGUGUAAAAUUGGAUUCGCUCAGAAAAGAAACAGAGAUUGUACCGAAUGUCCCCCAGGAUGUGCCGAAUGUACAUAUGAUGCCACUGAAACGAACCUAUUAUGUCGUGCUGGAAAGUGCAAGCAAGGUUAUACAGAAAGCUCUGGAGUUUGCGUGAGGUGUGCUGACAAUUGUAUUACCUGUAACGCUCAAGGAAAAUGUAACGAAAAAGGAUGUAAAUCAGGAUAUACUAGAUCUUCGAAUGGUCAACAAUGUGACAAAUGCGCCAAUAAUUGCUUUAAGUGCGAUAUUAAAGGAGCUGCUAAAUGUGACGAGGAUGGAUGCAACACAGGAUUUGCCUACGAUAAUGAAAUCUGUCAACCAUGUCAGCCUACUGUUUGCUCUAGAUGCUCUAAGAAGGAUAAAUGUGAUAAUGGAGGUUGUAUUGGAAAUUAUAUAUUGAAAGAUGAAAUAUGUCAAAAAUGCGAUGACAAUUGUAAAACUGCAAGAUGUACUCAAAAUGGACCAGGAAAAUGUGAUGUUGGUGAAUGUAAGGAUCAUUACGUUCUUGAUAGUAACAAUGAAUGCAAAAGAUGCGAUAAUAAUUGCGAAGACAACCAAUGUGGAGGUUUUACUGUUGGUGGGAAAUGCAAUGAACUAAAGUGCAAAUUACAUUAUACAUGGGAAUCUGAUAGUUGUCACCAAUGUGAUACCAACUGCUACUUUUGUGAUGGCUGGGGCAAAACUAAAUGCGAUGUAGACAGAUGCUUUGAAGGUUAUAGAAUCAAAUUGGAUUCUAGCGUACACACUUGUGAAACAUGCUCUGUUACGAACUGUGCAAAAUGCGACGCUGACAGAACCCAGUGUCAAAAAUGUAAAAAAGGCUAUACCCUAAACAGCAACACUUGCGACAAAUGCUCCGACAACUGUGAUUACUGCGAUGUUGAUGGGAAGGAUACAUGUGAUCAAGGAUGGUGUUCAAGCGGUUACGGUUGGAACCCCGAUACUCGACUCUGUGCACAAUGCGCAAAUUCGUGUACUAAAUGUAGUAAAUAUGGACAUAACAAAUGCGAUUCAGCCGCACAUUGUCCCGCUGAUAAAGGCUAUGAUUCAACUAAUCAUGAUUGCUUAACUUGCGAUUCGAACUGCAAUCCUGGAAAAUGUACGGAGGCUGGUAAAUGUUCAGCAGACCAAUGUCAAUCAGGUUUUAAACUCAAAGGCGACAACACUUGUGAAGCAUGUGCAGACACUUGCAAAACUUGCAAAGAAGCUAAUGAUGCAACAAAAUGUCUCAGUUGCAAGGCUGCUAACCAGUUCGUAACGGAUUUAGUAGGAGGAAGUAGUUGUAUACAAUGUGCGUCAAAUUGUAAGGUUGGCCAGUGCUUCGCAGCAGGAAAAUGUAAUAAAGAUCAAUGUAUGGAUGGGUAUAUGUUAGCUACAGAUUAUACAUGCACAGAGUGUGGAUCGAAUUGUAAAACUUGUUCGGCAGUUGGUAAAUGCACAAGUUGCAUGGGAAAUAGAUUCUUAAGUGGCGAUCAAUGCUUAACUUGCGAUCCAAACUGCAAACCUGGAAAAUGUUCUGCAGAAAAUAAAUGUGAUAGUCAACAAUGUAUGAACAAUUACAAGUUCAAGGCAGAUGAUCAAACUUGUGAAAAAUGCCACGAUGAAUGUGCGACAUGUGCUGCAGCAAGUGAUGCUUCUAAGUGUUUAACUUGUACAGCUACAAGAAGUAGUGAUAAUGUUGCCGGUGGUACAUGCGUUGUUUGUGAUCCUAACUGUAAAGCGGAAAAAUGUACUACAGCUGGACAGUGUAGUGAGUGCAGCGAUGGAUAUGCGCUUGAUGGAAAUGUUUGUAAACCAUGUCACGCUGACUGUACAACAUGUGCACAGCAUAACGAUGCUGCUCAAUGCAAGUCUUGUAAUGAUCCAAUGAAAGGCAUCAAAGAUGGUGCGGGUACAGGAGAAUGUAUUGCAUGUGAUGUUAAUUGUAAACUGGGCCAGUGUACUACAGCUGGGCAAUGUAAGGCAGAUGAAUGUAAAGAUGGUUAUGCACUAGAUGGAAAUUUUUGUAAACCAUGUCAUCCGGAUUGCGCAACCUGUAAAGCUCAUAAUGACAAAGAUAAAUGUUUAACUUGUGCAUCUCCUAACAAAGGUAGUGAAGAUGCAUCUAAUGGCGGAGCAUGCGUUGUAUGUGAUCCUAAUUGUCAACCGGGUGAGUGCACAGUGGCUAACCAGUGUAAUACCGACAAAUGUAUAGACGGUUAUGCAAGCGAAGGAACUGGUUGUACAAAAUGUCAUGUCAGUUGUAAAACGUGUAAAGCGCAUACUGUUGAUAAUAAGUGCCUUUCUUGUAUGGAUAUAACGAAAGGCGUCAAAGAUACAGCUCUAGGAGGACAAUGCAUUGCAUGUCAUGCUAAUUGUAAACUGGGCAAGUGUGAUACAGCUGGACAGUGUGACAAUGGAGAAUGUAAAGAUGGUUAUGCAAGCGAUGGAACUAGUUGUGCAGCAUGUCAUCCGAGUUGCGCAACGUGCACAACUGCCAAUGACGCAAAUGCAUGUAAAACUUGCGUGUCAGCAACUGGGAGUACAGACGCCGCUACUGGUGGAUCAUGCGUUGUUUGUGAUCCCAAUUGCCAACCAGGGCAGUGCAAUGAGGCUGGGAAAUGCAAUGCAGGAAAAUGCAAAGAUGGAUAUGCGCUUGAUUCAAAUGUUUGUAAACCAUGUCACGCUGACUGUACAACAUGUGCACAGCAUAACGAUGCUGCUCAAUGCAAUUCUUGUGUUGAUUUAACGAAAGGCAUCAAAGAUGGUGCGGCUACAGGAGAAUGUAUUGCAUGUGAUGUUAAUUGUAAACUGGGCCAGUGUACUACAGCUGGACAGUGUUCCGAUGGUAAAUGUAAAGAUGGUUAUGCAAGCGAUGGAACUGCUUGCAAGCCAUGUCAUCCGGAUUGCGCAACGUGCUCAGUUCAUGGUAACGCAGCUAAAUGUUUAACUUGUGUGUCUCCAUCGAAAGGUAGUGCAGAUGCGGGUGCUGGUGGUGCUUGUGUUGUUUGUCAUGAGAACUGUCAAUCGGGUCAGUGUAUUGAAGUAGGCAAGUGUAACGUUGACAAGUGUACGGCGGGUUAUAUAUACAAGACAGCUGACAAGACAUGUGAAGCGUGUCAUGGAGACUGCUUAACUUGUACAGUCGCUGACGAUAAUACUAAAUGUCUUUCUUGUAUAUAUCCAAAGGCUACCACAAAUCCUAUUGAUGGUGGAAGUUGCAUUUCUUGUGAUUCUAAUUGUAAAGAAGGUGAAUGCACAGCAGCUGGAAAAUGUAAUAAAGAUAAAUGCAAAGAUAAUUAUAUGUGGCAAAGUGAUGGAACUUGCGCACAAUGUGCUAGUGACUGUAAAACGUGCAGCGUAAAGGCCGAUGCGAGCAAAUGUCUUACAUGUGUUGAUCUAUCAAAAACCAGCACAAAUUCCGUAGAUGGUGGCUCAUGCGUUGCUUGCCACGAUAGCUGCAAAAGUGGAAAGUGCUCCUCUACUGGCAAAUGUUACGGGGAUUUGUGUAGCGUCGGCUUUUUUCUGAAGUCAGAUGGAACUUGCCAAGCAUGUGAUCAAACUUGCAGUACCUGUUUUGGUAGCACAUUGAGCGAUUGUAUCACUUGUAAAGGUGAUAGAUUUUCCUCCGGCGGUAAAUGUAUUAAAUGUCACGAAGAAUGCAUGACGAAUGAAUGUACUGAAGACGGUAGUUGUAAAAAGAAUAAGUGUAAAGACGGUUUUACAAAUAAUGUUAGAACGGGAAACACUGUAUCCGAGUUACAAUGCUCCAAAGCAUGUGUUAGUAACUGUAGAAGAUGUGAUAAUGCAGGUGAAAAUAAAUGUGAUAAAGGAAUGUGCAAAGAUGGUUACGUUUGGGUCAACUCAGGCGAAUGUGCAGCAUGUUCUUCUAAUUGUAUGAGUUGUUAUACAAACGGAAAAGAUAAGUGUGAUACAGGCAAAUGUAUGUCUGGCUACACUUAUGACAGUUCUGACAAAACCUGUAAAGCUUGCGGAAGUAACUGCUUGAAAUGUGAUAAGACAGGAGCUGGCGCUUGCGAUUACGAUCAAUGCGUUAAUAACAUGAUCUAUGACAAAGCAAGCCAAACGUGCAAAAGUUGUGAUGUAAACUGCCAACCUUACCAAUGCUAUAAUAGCGGUAGACUCGAUUCAAAAUGCAAUGAUGAUAAGUGCAAAACAAAUCUCAAGAUAGAUAGUACUACUAAAACGUGUAAGCCUUGUCAUGCUAACUGUAAAGCUGGACAAUGUACCGAGCCUGAUACUUGUACCAAUGGACAAUGUAUGGACAGAUAUGUUUCAGAUGGCAAUAAAUGCUCCGCUUGCUCUUCAAACUGCAAAAAGUGUGAAACAAAAGGAAAAGGAAAGUGUGACGAAGGUGAAUGUGACGUUGGUUUCGUAUGGGUUAGUGACAGCUGUAAAAAAACAAUGUGUAAUACUGGAGAAGCAAUGAAUCAUUUAGGAACUUGUUUAACUUGUCCUACUGGUUGCUUAAAAUGCCGUAUUAAGACUAACAAUGUAACCACUGAAUGUAUACCUGGAUUAUGUGAGCAAGGUUAUACAUACAGCAACGGAAUUUGCGUCGCAUGUCCUUCGAAUUGCGAUACAUGUUUCUAUUCGCAAGGAAUAUUAAAAUGUUCAAAAUCUGGAUGUGAAUCUCGCUACGGAUACAAAGAUGAAACUUGCGGUCAAUGUGCUACAGGAUGCGAGGAAUGUUCAAAAUCAGGAUCAGAGCUAGCUUGUGAUUCUAGCAAAUGUUUAAAUGCUUACGCACAAGUUUCUUCCAAUACAUGUUUGAAGUGCUAUCGUGGAUGUGAUACCUGCACAAUGAACACACAAACCAACUUCCUUGGUUGUAGCUCCUCUUCAUGUUCAACUAGUUAUACUCAGCUAGCGGAUAAAUCCUGUUUCUUAUGUCCAACAAAUUGUAAUUCGUGUACUUAUACUGAAGCUCUUUCUCAGACGAAGUGCGACUCGAACAAAUGUGACACUGGCUAUGUAAUGAACAAUUUGGAUAAAUCAUGUCAUAAAUGUCCCACAGGAUGUCAUAAAUGCAGUUAUACAACUACACCAGUAUGUGAUAUUCUUCAAUGUAAGGAUGGUUACGUUCAAAAUCCCAUAUCAAAGGAGUGCAAAGUAUGUCCAUCUAAAUGCUCAGCCUGCUUCUUUGAUGAAGCAACCGCUGACGCUAAAUGUUAUGACAAAGGCUGUAGUAUAAAUUCUUACAUGUCGAGUGGAACUUGCCUGAGCUGCAAUUCAAACUGUCACCGUUGCAUGAACGUUCUGGGAACUAAACAAUGCUUUGAUCAAAAAUGUUCGGACAAUUAUGGGCUUAAAUUUAACGAUCGGCUAUGCUAUGCCUGCCCUGAGGGAUGCAAACAUUGUGACAUUGCUACUGAUGGAACCCCUACUUGCAAUACGUGCCAGAGUGGAUACGCAAUGAAUACUGCUGACAAAACUUGCAAAAUUUGUCCUGAAAACUGUAAUGUCUGUGACUAUGAUGCAGGUAUCACUGAUACCAAAUGUCAGAGCGGCCAAUGUAAAAGCGGAUUUGCACAGAAAGACGAUAAUCGUUUAGGUUGCGUCCAAUGUCAAACCUGUACCGCUUGCACAUACAACACAGAGAAUCCAUCCGUUCCAGACUGCGUUGAUAAUACAUGUCCAGCUAAACAACAGGUUCAAACCGUAGGCAAACAAUGCGGAAAAUGUCCAACUAAUUGUGCUGCUUGUGAUGGAGAUUUGAAAUGUACAUUGUGUGAUAGCAGAUACGCUCUACAAGCAACAGAUAAGCAGUGUAUCGUCUGUCCUGCCGAUUGUCAUUCUUGUGACUCUCUUGGCAAUGGAAAAACUGGCUGCAAAUCAACUGGAUGCAAUUCGGGCUAUGUCGUAACAGAUGAAAAACUAUGUAAAAAAUGUCCAGAUAAUUGUUUGGAGUGUACUUAUAACGCUGAUACGAAGAAAUCGCUAUGUAAAUCCACAAGAUGCGCAUCUAGAUAUGCUAUCACAACAGAUUUCCAAUGCAUGAAAUGUCCGGAUAAUUGUUAUGAGUGCGUUGUUGGUGCUGGAGGUAAGACGGAAUGUAAUGAAAACAAAUGUGAUUCCCGAUAUGGAUGGCGUUCUAGUGACAAAAAUUGUCACAAAUGUCCAGAUAACUGUGCUACUUGUCCUGAAGCUAAUGGUGUUUUAAUAUGUGACAAAUGUGUCUCCGAAUUUACUCUUAGUAAUGCCGAAUGUGGUGCUUGUCCCAGACACUGUCUGAAGUGCACUGAAGAAGCUUCUGAAGGUCUUAAAUGUAAAGAAUGCGAGGCACGAUACGUUUUGGAUGACAAUAAAAACUGUGCCGCUUGUCCCAGCAAUUGUAAUAAAUGCAAUAUUAACAAUGGCGAAGCUAAAUGUGAAUCCUGCGAUAGUGGCUAUACUUUAAACACUGCUCUAACUUGCACAGUAUGCCCAUCUAACUGCCAAAAAUGCGAAUAUAAAAAUAACAAGGCUGAAUGCAUGAUAUGCCAUAAUGGCUAUGCUAUCAAUGCUCAGAAAGGAUGCUCUCGAUGCGCUGAUGUUACCCAAGUUCUUAACUGUGACACAUGCACAAAUGCCGAUUCUACAGGAAAAGGAAAAUGCUUGUCAUGCGUUAAUGGAUAUGGUUUGAAGGAUGAUGCCAAAGAGUGCUUACCUUGCAGCGAUCUCAAAGAUUGCUUGAACUGUAGAGAUCAAGCUUUAUUGUGCAACAAAUGUUCCUCAGGAUUCACAUUAACUCCAGACAAGUUGAAUUGCGGAAUCAACUGUUUUACAUGCAAUAGGUCAGCCGACUGUGCCAAUGAUCCCAAAAAAUCAUCAGAAAAUUCGACUUUAUGUGUCCCAGCAUUAGGUCAAACUUGCUGGAUGCAUAGAUUCGAAGAAAACAAAGUAAUUGAACACGAAAGAGGUUGCUUCAACAGCACAGAUUGCGGUAGCCGCUACAAGAGCGAGGAAUGUCAAGAAGCUAAUGGUAAAAAGGAAUGCAAGAAAUGUUGUACAACUGACAAAUGUAACAGCCAAAUCCUACCUGGAACUGCCUCACAUCUAACAUCAAAUGUCUUAACGAUACUGACUGUACUCCUCCUUGGAGUUGUACGAGCAGUAUUCUAUUAAGACGGGAAACUAAUUAGUUUAGCGUUUAUAUAAUAAUUUAUUUAGUUUUAGAUUAAUACUUUUAUUUGUUCGAAGAGAAAUUAUAUUUAAAAUGACAAAGGUAACGAAAGCAUCUUAAUGAAUCCAAUACUUUUUCGUUGGUGGAAAGAGAUGCAUGAUGUUUGUUGACUGGAAGAAGAUUUAAAAAUCAUAUGACUGCUAAAAUAUUGCAGGAGAUUUUAAAUUUUCAAUGAAGGUCUCAAAUUGAUAUUUGUUACCUAAAAGUCUUUUAUAUAUAUAUAUAUAUAUAUAUAUACAU